AUGACCCAUCGCUGCUCAGGCUCUAAUAAUACAGCUUUGCAGCACUACACCGAGAAUUUUGUACAGGCGAUCUUUGACUCGAUUGAGCCCAACGGUGCAACCCUUGUUAUCGGUGGAGAUGGACGUUACUUCUCUCCCGAGACGGCACAGACUAUCCUUAAAAUCGGUGCUGCCAACGGUGUCGCUAAAUUCAUCGUCGGGAAAAACGUCAUCUUAUCCACCCCUGCUGCCUCAAAUGCGAUCAGGAAAUACAAAGCGAAUGGCGGCAUCUUACUCACCGCAAGUCACAAUCCUGGAGGCCCCACCAACGAUUUCGGUAUCAAGUACAAUGUUUCGAACGGUGGGCCUGCCCCGGAGAAUGUGACGAAUAAGAUAUUCGAGAAGAGCAAGACGAUCUCGAGCUACAAGAUCAUUGAUCUCCCUCCACUCGAUCUUUCGAGAGCUGGAUCGUUCACGUUCGGUCCGACCAAGGUCGAAGUUAUUGACUCAGUCGCGGACUACCUUGCGCUCCUUGAAUCGAUCUUCGAUUUCCCCCUCAUCAAGACGUUCCUCCUCGAGCAUGCGGAUGACUUCCGCGUACUCUUCGAUGGUAUGCACGGCGUGACAGGCCCGUAUGGGCGAGCGAUCUUCGUCGAUACUCUGGGACUGCCGGAAUCGUCCGUUCAGAACGACAAGCCCCUUCCGGACUUCGGCGGCGGACACCCAGACCCGAACCUGACGUAUGCACACGAUCUUGUUGAACGUGUCGAACGAGAAAACAUUCAAUUCGGCGCGGCGAGCGAUGGCGAUGGCGACCGGAACAUGAUUUACGGCAAGGGCGCAUUCGUGACACCCAGUGAUAGUGUCGCCAUCAUCGCUGACUGGGCGGAAGCGAUUCCGUACUUCAAGAAGGGUGGCGUGAAAGGUUUGGCACGCAGCAUGCCCACUAGCGCGCAAAUCGACUAUGUUGCGAAGAAGAAAGGACUGGAAUGCCAUGUUGUACCCACGGGCUGGAAGUUCUUCGGAAACCUCAUGGAUGCGGGUCAACUCUCUAUCUGUGGUGAGGAGUCCUUCGGUACUGGCUCGGACCACAUUCGGGAGAAAGAUGGCGUAUGGGCUGUUGUAGCGUGGCUAAACAUUCUCGCAUAUGCGAAUAAGCAGUCGCCUAACAAGCUCCUCGGAAUCAAUGAGCUCUUGCAGAAGCAUUAUGAGGUUUACGGGCGCUCUUUCUUUUCUCGUUAUGAUUAUGAGGAGGUGUCGUCAGAGGGUGCACAGAAGCUAGUUGACGCCUUGAAUGAACACAUCAGCAAGGGUGAUCUCGCCGGGAAAAAGUACUUGUCGAAGUCGACUGGCCAGUCUUUCGUCGUUAAAAACGCCUACAACUUCGACUACACGGACCCCAUUGACGGCAGCGUGUCAAAGAACCAGGGCCAGAUCGUGGGUUUCGACGACGGCAGCCGCGUUGUUUUCCGUCUUAGCGGAACUGGUAGCCAAGGUGCGACGGUGCGGAUGUACGUCGAGCGAUAUGUUGCAGCAGACAAGGGCGUUGCGGAGCUUACCAAGCCUACCACGGAGGGUCUGAGUGGACUCAUCGAGGUUGCGCUGGAGCUCAGCAAAUUAAAGGAGUUCCUGGAGAGAGAGAAGCCUACCGUCAUCACGUAG